GCCCUGUUUCUAAGCGUGGGUGUGUGCUUAUCAUAUGUCCCGCCUGAGGUACCGUGAGGAGAAAGCGCCCAGUGCCUUGAUACUACCAAACAGCACGAUGCCCAUUCAUGUGAUUUCUUCUUGCCGGCCUGUGCUCGAGAAACUUACCUCGACCACUCCCCUGGCUUGUUUUGUUCUCCUAGCUUCGCCGUAGUGAUUAUAAUCCCUUGAAGCGACUCGGGAUAAGUUCGGCCGCCGCUCCUAAUCGUCCCUGGCGGAACGAGUAGCUCUUCCCCUAACGGCCCUCCGCCCCAACACUACGCUCAUUCCUCACCAGAGGCAGCAGCAGCAAGAACCAUCACAGACAUCGGUACUUCUGAAAGCAGGCGACUGGGCCCCGAUCACGAGCAGAGCCAGACAAGUGGCCAACGUACCCCCGCGCAGGACGUUGGGGAGCAUCCCCGGUCCAGCAUGGUAUUCCAUCAAGACGUUGAGCGGACGACUUGGAGCCUCCCAAUGACAGAACCGAGUCUGUUAGGCCCAAAACGUCGAGAAUUGCGGAAAUGUAGAGCGCAGACCUCUUGUACCUCGAGCUGGGCGAGGCUUGCUGAGGAGGACUGGGAGAACAGGGAGGCAAGGGAGGCUACUGGGUCUGGUGCAGUGGAACCUUCGGUCUUGUCGCCAGAAACAAAAGAUGACUACCCUCCUGAUCCAGAACUGCCAACAGCGCGAUCUUCUUCCCAGCGCCCUGGCUCUGAACUUGGGUUCGCCCCCGAGCCUCAUGGGAUCAAUGUCGGUCCAAGAUCGCCUGGUCAAGUUCGCAUCGACAGCUGGUCAACCAUAAACGAGAGCAACCAUGACGAAGGAUCACCCUCUACCGCGUCGACAGACUCCCAUUCACGAUUCUCGUGGGUCUCUGGUAGUGGGACAAUAGGUAUGGACUCCGUAGCCAGAGAAAACCAAAAGUCGUUCCCCCCUCGCACGCCCUUGGAUCCCAGGCCGUUAGACGCCGAGGCUCGCGCGGCAAAGACGCUCAGAGUGAGAAGCUGGAUAUCCAAGCAGAGUCCCACUGGGCAUGACAAAUCGAACUUGCAACUUCAUAGUCCUGAAUCGUCCGAGAACGAAGACCUGGACCACGACGCUGUUUCCACGACAAGUGAAGCGCCGUCGUCGUCUGCAGUGAGCAGCCAUGAUGCUGAAUCGAUCAACCGGGGGGUGCAACAUUAUUGGAGGAAGAUGAAAACCCACCAAGCUCGGAUUCAGAAACUCUCCAAGCACCUGGGAGAAGUCAACAAGAGGCUGGGCAAGAUACGUCCUAAAUUACGGGUUGCAGCAAACGACUUUAUGAAAGAGCUGCGUACUACUUCUCACCAGAAGCAGCUCUUGUCGUCUGAUGACCUUGUUCGGAUCGUAUGGGCAGGGCUACCUCGAAUGCAGAGAUUGCAGGACGUGACGUUCAGCCUGGAAGAGGCGCUUGACGACUUACGACAGCAGCUGUCAAAGGAGCAGAAGCUUUUCUCCAAAGCGGAAGUCCAGUUUUACAGCCUGCUGGGUCACGACAUGGAUGAAAGCUCGACGGAAUCGACUUAUGAGUCAUCAGAAGCCUCGCUUGAUGCCAGCGAACCAGACACAGACCUGCUAGGCAUACCAAUGGCGCGGUCGACUAACGACAACCAUCCGCUCUUCCAAGACCUGGAGAGCGCAAUUGGGCAGUACCUGAGCAUCAUGAUGUACUUGCAAGAUGCCAGGGACAAUAAGGCUGUUCUGCAAGAUAUUGUGGACCGCCGGACUGCUCUCGGUGCUCCCAUAUCCGAAGAGACAAGGGACGGUCUGGACGAGACUGUGUCAAACGAAGCUCGAUACCUCAAGCUCGUCAACAGCAAGCUUGCAGUUAUCAACGAUUUAAAGCAGAAGACCAUGGCACGAGAUGUCUUAUCCGCCAGAACGACGACCAGAGUAGCGUCAGUGCUGUAUCGGGACGACAACACAGAAACAGAGCCAGCCGAAAACGGUGGCACACAUCAGCCAGAAACCAACAAAGUUGUUGUACCCAAUUUCCUCAAGCUCCUUUGGCCCGCCUAUCGUUUGCCUACCACGGCUGCGUCGGGCAAGGAGGACAACCGCCAAGACAUGCGGCCAGAAGAACGACACGGUCAAACGUCCUAUCCGCAGCUCUUGAUGGGCCAAUCUUGUUCGCUCAACAGAGCGCGCGAGGACGGCGCUCACUUUAUCAACGAGUGGAUGCUCGACCAGGUCCGCGAAUCCAGGCGCAACGCAGACAAGCUCUUUGUAAAUUUCACGCACCGCCUCACCGUGCGCAGUCCGGGGACGUGGCAAAAUGACGUCCUAAAGUACUGGCAUCGCGAUGGAACGGACAAGAUCAUGAAAGAGGCCGAGGCAUGCUACUCGGCGUAUUAUCACACUGGGCAUGAGUCAGACAUAUUACCGUCUCGUCGUGCCUCUCAUAAAGGAGCGACGCCUCGUGCACUGAAGCAAGAGACGGAGCCGACCAGAAGCCAGGUACCAUCAAGCAGAGCAUCGCGCCGGUCGCGGACACGGUCUGUGGGGUGGUGAGAUCUGAAAGAGAAGCAUAUCUUGUACCAGGAAGCACUAGAUUUGAGUAGUGAGAACUUGCAUCAUUGAGCUGGAGGGCUUGGGACGGUGCAAACGUUGGAUACAUCGACAUUGCUUCUGUUUGUUGUUGUUUGUCUUUACAGUAUCUCUGCGCAAGCGGGACCCUGGACAUUGCUCUAUGCGGGUAGAGCUGGACACCCUGACGUGUCUUUGAUAUAUUCAUUUCUUGAGCUAUCUGGCUGAUCUUUUUACUCUUACGACUGCUUCCUACAAACAGGCUUGCCUGCGUUGACUUCACUUCAUGGUGAAUGAGAGCGCUCUCGAGGGGCCUCGUGUCAGAAUCUUGAGAGAUGUACCCGUCAGUCGGUCGACAUGAGCUUCCCCCAAGACUUAGACGCACAGCCAGCAACGGCAAUAGUCGUCGGCCAUAUCGCUAGCGGGUUAGAUGUAUCUUCCACA